AUGCUGGACAAGCGGGCUUUAAAUCAAUAUUUCACCGAAUCCGGGAUUACCAACAAAAGGAGUAUAGAAGAGGUGUUUGAUCGCUUGAGAAGAGAAGUAUCGGCAUUGGCUAAGAUCCGGCAUCCUUCAAUUGUGAGAAUUAUUGAACCACUUGAAGAAAGUAAAGGCACAAUGAUGUUUGUCACGGAGCAGUUGACUGGCAGCAUAAAUUCGUUGAUUGGUGAGAGCAGACGAUCUAGUACGUUAGACACAGGAGAUCUUGAUGAGCUGGUUAUUCAAAGGGGAUUACUUCAAGUGACAGAAGCAUUAAUGUUUUUGCAUCAAAAUGCUGGAUUUGUUCAUCUGGACGUCCAGCCGAGUUCGGUUUUGGUCGAUUCUAAAGGUGAUUGGAAGAUUGGCGGCCUCGGGUUUAUAGAGAAAUUUGAAAGUGGGUCAAGUGGAGAUUUUUAUCUUCCCAGCUUUGAUCCUAGAUUACCUUCAUUUAGCCAGAUUAAUCUCGAUUAUGCGGCACCCGAGCUGAUUCUGGAUCGUAAGCUAGAUCCAAGUAACGACGUAUUUUCUCUUGGCUGUCUAAUAUUGGCCAUAUAUACGUCGCAUUCUCCUCUAUCUACCAACAAUAACCCCAGUGCCUACAAGAACGAGGUAUCUUCUAAUGCUAUCCAGAGAGCUUUACGCUCACCAAGUAUUCCACAAUAUUUAAAUUCUGUUCUGCCACGACUUCUUACCAGGAAUACAAUGGAUAGAAUAACUUUGGAAUCAUUAAAACAAUCAGAGUUUUUUGAUAACCCGCUUGUUAGAACAGUGAACUUUUUAGAUAACUUUUCAGCUCGACUGCCAUCGGAGAAGAAGGUUUUCUUAACUGGAUUGAAUAAUAUGCUGCCACAAUUUCCAAAAUCAGUGUUGCAGCGAAAAAUUUUGCAGGGAUUGUUAGAUGAUUUGGGAACUGAUUCUGGUCUGGUGUACGGCAUUCUCCGAAUCAUCCUUACAAUUGGCAAUGAUAUGAGUCAGCUAGGUUUCAGCGAAAAAAUACUACCCGCAAUUCGACGAGUGGAAAAAGAACCAGGAUGUCAGUCUGCUAUUGUUGAUUUUCUAAACAUAUUUUUGUCUCGCCUAUCUAGUGACGAGUUCAAAAAAUAUAUCCUUCCUAUUUUGAUGUCCAUGCUAACUAAGCAGGAUACCACUGUCUCUGCCGAUCACGAACAGCAGAAAGAAGUACUUGUGAAAAUCAAGCAAAUUGUGGAGAAGUUAGAUUUCGUUACGAUAAAAAAUGAGGUUUAUCCGCCAGUUGCCGAGAUAUUUGGAAAAACGACCAGCUUGGCAGUUAAAUUGCAAUCAUUGAAUGCAUUUCAUGUCCUUGUUGAACAUGAACUCGAUAAGUACGUCAUAACUGAGAAAUUAAUUCCUUUACUGAGCAAGAUGAAGACCCGUGAACCUGACAUUAUUAUGGCUGCUUUGAACGUAUAUUCGUCGUUGACUACAAUUGUCGAUAUUGAUGUACUUGCAACAUCACUUAUUCCUCAAAUUCUCGCAUUGAGUUUAGAAUCAUCACUUACUGUCGAACAAUUUGGUGAGUUAAUGCAGAAGGUCCGCAAGAUGCUCGAUAAGAUUGAACAAGACAGAAAGAAACGACUGGCUCGGAAUCUACCUCAACAAGGGGUGCCAACAGGAUUAAAUACAGGGUCCAGUUCUUUCAAGAAUGGACCAUCCAGAUCUGCGGCAAAUGAGGCUCCACUUGACUUCAAUAGUCUAAUAUCCGGAAAUUCAAACUCUGCUGGUCGUUACACUUCUAGUACAACUGACAAUUUGGACGAUUUUGGCUCAUUAAUGAGCGGUUCGGGACCAAGUAGUACCAUCGCUCCGGUUUCGGUCAGACAAACGGUUAGCCCGUUGAUGCCUACCAACGCUUUGUCCACAACUACGAAUUCUUCGCAAUCAAUACUAUUACCUACCCCAUCGCGAUCUGGGGCUAUGGCCUUGGAACCGAGCCGAUUUACUGGCUCGUUUGGAACUACUACUGCAGCCCCAUUACAAACCGCUAAACCCUCUUCAGCGUCAUCUAUUGACUGGUCAAAGGCAACUCAGAAGCCUACUUUCGGUGCGACUAAUAACUCUUCUCACGGAGGAUUUCAAUCAGGGACUGCAUCAACGUCAGUGGGAUACACAAUGACUUCGUCAACAAGUUCCAGCAUCCCUCCGUUACUCCCUAAACCGUCGACCACUAACUGGGGUACGCCGCUUCAGCCGCAAAAUAAAAGUUUGGCAUCGUCAAGCUCAGUAAAUACCAAGCCAGGGAAUGGACUUGAUCAAUACCAGAGCUUGCUAUAG